AUGGCCCCAGGAGCGGUCGAUACCGCACUCCCUACAAUGUCCACCGACCGGAAAAAAGAAUAUCCCACCCCGAUCAAACCCUCCGGAUCCCUCGAUGCCUUCGAAUACGAAGACUCAACUCCCAUUAUCGGCCGGGAAUACCUCUCCAUGAACAUCGUAAACGACAUCCUCCAAGCCCCGAAUUCCACCGCCAGAAUUCGCGAUCUAGCCCACACAAUCUCCUCCCGCGGCGUCGUCUUUUUCCGCAAACAAUCCAACCUCACCAUCGACCACCAGAAAUCCCUCGUACAUCUCCUAGGUCUCGCAGCCGGCAAACCCGCCGAAUCAACUCUCCACAUUCAUCCUGUAAUGAACCAUACCUCCUCCCUCGGAGUCGGCGAUGCAGAAAUCUCCCAUAUCAGUUCCACGCAACGCGCAGAAUUCCUUAAAUUGCGAGCGGAUUACGAACAGAAUAAACAGAAAUAUAAUGAAGCGGACUGGCAUUCCGAUGUACAAUUUGAACGGGUCCCGCCUGAUUACACGUCUUUGCGAUUGACCAAACUUCCCACAACGGGAGGGGAUACGGUUUGGGCUUCGGGGUAUGAGAUUUAUGAUCGUUGUUCCCCAGCCUAUCGAAAGUUUCUCGAAGGGUUGACGGCGACUUUUGAUGGGAGUGGAUAUAAUUCCAUGGGAUCGGCUGUUUACAAAGAUCCGAGAGGAAAUCCUCAAAAUGUGGAGUUUACGUCUAUACACCCCGUGGUACGCACGAAUUCUGCCACGGGAUGGAAGAGUGUAAUGGCGAUUGGACCUUUUCCUACCAGAAUCAAUGAGUUGACGAGUGGGGAGUCGGAGGCUAUGUUGAAGAGUUUCAAGAGGAUGAUUGUGGAGAAUCAUGAUCUGUGCGUGAGGUUUAAAUGGAGGAAUGAGAAUGAUAUUGCGAUUUGGGAUAAUCGGUGUACUUUCCAUUCGGGUACGUAUGAUUAUGAGGGUUUGGGGGAGAGGUAUGGACAUCGGGCUGUGGGGAUUGGGGAGCCGCCGUAUUUGGAUCCGCAGAGUAAGUCGAGGAGGGAGGAUCUUGCUGAGAAAGGAGAGUGA